AUGGAGCUGAAGGGGAAUUUUUUGCCGCAGUUUAAAGUAGGCGAGGCCCAAUCGGCGCAGCUUCCGUCGACGGCCAAACGCGAUUCUGUAUCUGUAGUUGGAAUGUUUUGCAGGGUGGCAAAUUCGUCUAGGGAGUCAUUUCCUUCUCAGUAUUAUAGAUGGAAGAAUCUUGAAGUUCAUGGCAACAGUGACCAAAGUAUCAGACACUUGGCUCUUUCUAAGAGUAGGGGCUCAAAGCUGCCUGAGCUCUCUUUUGACCGGCAACAGCUUACCGAUCAAGAAUGCAGUGGACUGCGAAAACGAAACUUUGGCCGUUUUGUUGCUCGUGAGGCGAUACUUGAUGAAGAAUACUGGACAGCAGCAUGGCUCCGAGCAGAAGCGCAUUGGGAAUCCUUAUCCUAUAUGAGGCAUGCUGAUAGUUACAAAAGAAAGUAUGCUGAGGAGGAAUUCUAUGCUUUGAAGCGAAGAUGUUUUGGACAGCAGGGGAAGUCAUUGAACUGUUUUUGUUUUGUUGCAGUUAAGAAGGAAGAUAAAAAUGUUAGACGAACAGUUCUGAACAGUAUAGUGGGGACUUUGGACUUGAGUAUCAGGCAGUUCCUUCAAGGAGAAAAAUAUCCUGGGGAAAUAAAGAGACUGCCGGCUGUUUUUUCCUGUCAAGAGCCCUUUGGUAUGCAUAAAUAUGCUUAUAUUGCAAAUGUUUGUGUGGCAAAGUUUGCUCGGCGCCAGGGUAUUGCUUCAAACAUGAUAUACUUGGCUACUGAUGUUGCCAUAAUUGCAGAUAACAAGCCUGCCCGUGAUCUGUACAAGAAAACUGGUUUCGAGGUUGUUGAGGCUGCUUCUUGUCCUAUGGCAAAAGAUCAGAGGAUAUUAAUGUCUAUGGAACUAACACACCUUACAUACACUGAAUCUGUCAAGGCCCGACAGACAUCGGCCACUUCACAGAGCACCGCCGAAGUCCGGCGCCGACCGAUAGUCGAGAAAGCCAACACCCGUCGUCUGCUUUACUGUUCACUCGUCGACCAGAAAUCUGACGACGAGAGACAACGCCGAGCAACCGCCACCGUCGGAGCCGCCAUCACGGUCGGAUUCUGUCUGCCUUCACAAGAGUGCCGUGCAACCGUUCAAGUCGUCGUCUCCGGCGUCAUCCUCCAGCGUCAAGAUCGACAUAAACACCCUCCGUUCAGAUUCAGCGGCACAAAAAAAAAAUACACCCUCCGUUCAGAUUCAGCGGCACAAAAAAAAAAUGGACCUUCAAGCUCGAAGGUCGACCUCCAGUGGCGGUUUGUGGAAAAAAAAAACAUCGUCGAACAGCGGCCGCUGGAUACGGCGACGCCGACAAUCGUUGGGCGGAGAAGCUGA